UAAUCUUGUCCUUGCUGCACAGGUCCUGUGCUGCUAUGACUACUGUCUGACCUUCACCAGCGAAGUUCGGCAUGUGUGGUCAAGGAAAUUCUCCUUGGCCUCUGCCCUGUUCUACACAUUUCGCUAUGCCGCAAUCCUGAACACUAUUUUCGUAGCAAUGGGGUAUUUCCCAUGGCGAGAUUGGCAGACUCAACACGUAACUGUGUUAUUAUCAUCCGGUUCGAAAUGGCAGGCGAUAUUCUGAUAUUGACGACGUCUGCGUUGUUCACGGCUAUGCGCGUAUAUGCGCUGUUCCACAAGAGCAUGUACCUGUUUGCCUUCACUCUAGGCUUGGGUCUAAUAGCUCCGAUAAUAUCGACUUAUUCCUUUGUCCUGUCUCAGCCGUAUCUAUACGAGAUCAUGCCCGGGAACUCGGUGUGUUAUAUCGAAACCGCGAACGUUACUAAUUUGGAUGAUGGGUGCGCGCGCAUCUUCUCUGGUCUUCGAUGGCUUUGUCAUGGGCAUGACUUGGUCGGGCACGCGCCGCGCAACGGUGCUCGGUGGAUCGAGGGCAGUCCUCAUGCGGGAUACUGCGAUCUAUUUUGGGUUUCUAUUCGUGUUGAACGUCCUCGCCAUAGGAAUUGCCGCAGUGCACCUCACAGUCAUUCAUCGUCGUCGUGAACACAUGGACCGCAAUCCUCACAUCCGUGCUCCUCUCGCGCCUUAUGCUCGACCUCCGCGCCGCCCUCUCGGAUCUCCUGCCCACAGACUCGAGCAGCACCACAUUCCGGAGCCGCUCAACCAGCCUCUCCGGAACGCUCGGCUCCCUGAUCUUCAGCCAGCGU